AUGAACGACAGGGAGAAGAGUGGAGAGAAAUUUGAAGUUGUCUGCAUCCAUAAAACGGAAACUGUUCUGUUUCUCUUGACUCAGCCCAUCUGCCAGGCGGCCUACCAGAAUGACUUGGGGCAAGUGUGGCGGUGGGUGAAAGAAAGCAACCAUUAUGUGGAUAUUCAAGAUGGCUUCAAUGGUGAUACUCCCCUCAUCUGUGCCUGCAGGCGGGGGCACCUGAGAAUUGUCUCCUUCCUUUUAAAGAGAAAUGCUGAUGUCAACCUCAAAAACUUGAAGGAGAGAACCUGCUUGCACUACGCUGUGAAGAAGAGAUUUACCUUCUUUGAUUAUCUACUCAUUAUCCUUUUAAUGCCUGUCUUGCUAAUUGGAUAUUUUCUCAUGGUAUCAAAGACGAAGCAGAAUGAGACUCUUGUCCGGAUGCUCCUUAAUGCUGGCGUUGAAGUUAACGCUACCGACUGCUAUGGCUACACUGCCCUGCACUAUGCUUGCCAGAUGAAAAACCAGACGCUCAUCCCCCUGCUUCUGGAAGCCCGUGCAGACCCCAUGAUAAAGAACAAGCAAGGUGAGAGCUCACUGGAUAUUGCACAGAGACUAAAAUUUUCCCAGAUUGCAAUAAUGCUAAAGAAAGCCUCAUAG